AACACAUCUUCCUCCUACCGCUUCCGUCAGUUAACAGCGCGUCAUGACUCUCAACCUUAAGCAGAAAGUUUGUGUUGGCGGCUCAACAAUCGAUCAUGUCUCUAAAUCUACAGUGCGUUAUUUUUAGUUCUGUGAUGGACAUCCUCGAACACGAAACUGUAAGUGGGAUGGACACCAGAACUAUGAAUUGUGCCGUUGCUACGAGAAUGGAGUGAUCGGUUCACGUUCUAAGCAGGUGAACGCAGUGAUGGAGAGUCCUUCGAAGAUUGACAGGCGGCAGGCGUGGGCGCUCAGUAGCAGCCGCAAACUUACGUUUAGAGACACGGAACACCGCAAUUCGACAGCACAAGAGCCUCACCGUCAUUUCUCCCUCCAAGAUGACGUCUUUCUGGAUGGAUGCUCUGCAGGAAAGAUUGAAACCUGGCUUCAAGGUUGUGGGAAUGAAGCCAGUCCAGCAAAAACCAGACACUUGACAAUAGCUGCUUUAAGGACAGGUACCAGCUUUGAGGAUGAUCUGAGUUUGGGUGCAGAAGCUUUAUAUGCUGAGUCAGAUGUGCCACAGUUUAGAACACCUCAGCAGAAGCUUAACUUGUCAUUGUUCAACAUGGGUCACAGCAUCGCAUCCACUGCCCUGUCAUCGACUACCAACCGGACUGUUUCCAGUGUGUCUGAGGUUCUCCAGAUGCGUGCCGAAGAUGCAGAAGACACUCUUUUCCAGCUAGGUUUUGGUUGUGAAGAACCACAGGUGACAGCCCGCAUCCCAGUCCGAUUCUUAAACUUUCCCUCCCAGCUCAGAGGCAUCAACUUUCGCCUAUUUCUUGAAUCCCAACUCUCCAGGAUACGCCAGGAAGACCCCUGCCUUUCAUUAGCAAGUCGUUUCCGACAAGUAGAGGCAUUGACAGCGAUGGCCAAUGCCUUCUAUUCAUUGUACUCUCAUGUAUCCCGAACACCGCUCCAGAAGCUUGCUCCACCCCAGUUCACCUUCACUUCGCCAAUUGUGGAGAGAACCAUGUCUCGAACCAGUGUCCGCAGCGAGCCACGUUCUCCUGUUGAAAGGCUUAAAGAUACUAUCUCCAAAAUGUGCUUGUACACUGGAUCCCGUGGCUCUGACUCGGUUACUCCAAGCGGUUCACCUCGUAAACGAAACUGCAGUCUCUCAAGUGUAGUUGAGAAAGGUGUGGAGGGUUCAGGGAAUGAUGAUGCAAAUAACCAGGGUACAAAUCAAUGCCUUCAAAUGGAAGUAGGUGACUUGGAAUCAGACAUGGACUGUUAUAUAAAUGGUAAGAAAGAUAUUGAUGAGACAUGUGAAACAAAGACUGAAAGAACUGAUUCUGAGAGUGUUACAAAAAUUAUGUCUGAGCCGACAGAGGAUUCUAGAGCAAUGGAAAGUGUGCACAACCUCAAGAGUACAUUACUAGACUGCACACCUUGCCAGGAGCCAAGAAGUGACAUAGUCAUGGAAUCCAAAGGUCGUACUUCACUUUCUGUUAACUUGAAAAGCUCCAGCAUUACAGUGGAACCCGUCCCUAUUAUUAGUCAUGAUGUCAUAUCCCCUCAGGUCGUGGAAUAUGUCAAUCAGGCAUCUUAUCGCUGCCUACAAACAAAUAAUAUAGACGACAAAGACUUACCUUUUGUGCACCAGAUGACAAAUAAACAUUCAAUAAGACCAUCUAACUCAACUAAUUUACCCAUCAAAACUGCAGCAUCACCAAUCUGUAUCACACCAUUAGAUGACCAGGUUGAAACCCUUGGUAUUGCACUUGCUGAUAAUUGUCCCAGUAAUCUUUCAUCCAUGCUCACAUCCACCACACAAAAGUCAUUAUGUCAAAUUACAAUCACUGGGUGGGAGGACGAACCUACCCUCCCUAACAGAGACAUCCAGCAAACGUGUUCAUCCAGCAUUCACAGAUUCUUAAGACCAACAAAACCACUUAACCUGAGCAAGUUCAGCCAAUGCCCUAAACAAGCCAACUCGUUUGAGCUGGAGGAGGUGCACAGUGCAGAAGAAGAGGAAGCCAUUUCAUCAGAACUCUGCUCCACAGUCUCAUUGUCUGUUUCAACACAGCAACAUAAAUCUUCCCCCUUGCGAGGUGACAGCUUCCAAUCAGAUAGCAGUGGAUAUGCUGAGGAGGAUGUGCAGCAUUCCCCCCUCCAUCACGGAGAAAACUUGAAAACAACAGUAAAACCAGUGAAGAUGCAUCAGUUUUCUCAUGCUCACCAGGACUAAAACUGUGAUUGAAAUUACACUAUGUUGAUAUCUAUAAAGCACAAAGACUUUAUUUCAGCUUUAGUAUUUAUGUUCUGGGGACUUUUAGAAUCUGUGAUAUUUUAUUGAGAAAAAUAGUUUCCAGCAGAUGGUGACAUACCACAAGCUCCCUUGCAUGAAGCUUCCUAACAUGAAACAGUGUGUAAAUCAACUUGAUUUGAUGAUUUUAUCCAUCAGGAAUUUGAAUUGUGAAAAGUUCUCUCCAUGACAGAGGGUUGGAGGGGAGGGCUUGAAAAAUAGGUGAGAUUGGUGACAUCAGGUGAAAAGUCAUUUCAGAGUUAUUACAUUAUGAUGAAAGAUUACAAAGACAAACAUUUCUUUAUUUGGAAAAACAUCCCAAGAAUGUGUAUUAAGAAAGUAAAUAUGGUCUGUUUUGAUUUCAUGUUGACUUUAAAUUGUAAACCAACAGCUGUACCGCUUGAGUGAUACACAUUGUGAACGUCUUGCUUUCAACGCGCUUUUCAAUCUUAUUCUUAAGAAAAAAUUAACAGCAGUAGAA